AUCUACGUUCUAGUUGAUCGGUGUAGCACUGAUUUUAAUCGUGAUAGGGAGAGGUUCCUAAUGUUGACGAUUUUGGAGUAAACUUUGUGUUACUUGAAACAUUUUGUGUGGGAUGAAUCAAAAACUAGUUCCGUUUAUUGGAGAAUAUAAAGCAUUCUCAUGACGGGACAAUUUUGUGCAAUAUUUUGACUGGAGAGUAAUCGGAAGUUUUUAAAAGUGCCAUCAUUGCAUAGAUGAGGAUGACCACACUGUGGAGAGUAAUAUUCCUUUGUUGUAUUAUAGCUUCUGCUUUAGGAGGACAUAAUCCCUGCUGUUCAUACCCUUGUGAAAACAACGGAGUAUGCAUGACAAGGGGAGAUAACUAUUACUGUGACUGUACAAAUUUAGAGUUCUAUGGCAAACACUGUGAAAUCCCUACAUUUAUGAAGAAGAUAAAACUGUUUCUAAAGCCAGACCCAGAAACAAUACACAAUCUUUUAACUGGUAACAAAUGGUUAUGGGACAUCGUCAAUAGUGUACAGUUUUUGUCAAAUGCAGUAAUGAAGAAAGUUUACACAAUGAGAUCUGAUAUGGUUGACAGUCCUCCGACAUAUACAUCUGAACAUGAAUACAUCACAGUGGACGCCAACUAUAAUUAUAGUGUCUAUACUCGUACCCUGCCUCCUGUCCCCACAGAAUGCCCCACUCCCAUGGGUGUCUGGGGAAAGAAGGAACUACCACCUGCUGAAGAAAUAGUGAAGACAUUUUUUGUUAGAAAAGAAUUUAUCCCAGAACCCAUGGGAACCAGUUCACUGUUUCCUUACUUUGCUCAGCACUUCACACAUAUGUUCUUCAAGACAGACCUAAAGAAGGGGCCACAAUUUCAGUGGGGUGGACAUGGGGUCGAUGUUUCUCAUGUCUAUGGCAAGGAUAGAGAAUCAGAAAACAAUCUAAGAUCAUUUAAAGAUGGAAAGCUUAAACACAAGGUUAUAAAUGGUGAAGAAUGGCCUCCCCUUACCUCUGAUGCUAAAGUUCCUAUGGGGUAUCCUAAACAGACAGACAAAGAUAAGCAGUUUGCUCUUGGACAUUCUUUCUUUGGUCUCUUGCCUGGAUUGUUCAUGUAUGGCACAAUCUGGUUGAGGGAACAUAACAGAGUUUGUGAUAUACUGAAGGCAGAGCACCCUGAAUGGGACGAUGAGAGACUAUUUCAGACGUCAAAAUUAGUUAUUUUAGGUGAAACUAUCCAAAUAGUAAUAGUAGAUUAUGUGCAGCACCUAAGCAACUAUCAUUACCAAUUAAUUUUCAAUCCUGAGCUACUGUUUGGUGAACAAUUCCAAUAUCAAAACAGAAUUGCCAUAGAAUUUAACCAUUUAUAUCAUUGGCAUCCUUUGAUGCCAGAUGAAUUCAACAUUAAUGGAACAAAAUAUACCUUGAAAGACUUUAUUUUCCAUCCUGAGAUUGUGGUAAAGCAUGGGAUGAGGGAGUUUGUGGAUUCACUGUCAAGACAACGAGCAGGCCUGUUUGGGCCUCACAAUCAUGGUGCUUUAACAAUCCCUGUUGUGACAGAACUCAUCAAACAUGGACGUACUCUAAGACUUCAGUCCUUUAACCAAUACAGGAAGAGAUUCAACCUGAAGCCAAUAAAAUCUUUCGAGGAACUGACAGGAGAAAAGAAAAUGGCAAAACAGCUUGAAAAUUUUUAUGGCGAUAUCAAUGCUGUGGAAUUCUAUGUAGGCCUUAUAAUGGAGAAGAGACGGCACAAGGCGUUGUUUGGAUCCUCAAUAGUUGAGAUUGGUGGGCCCUACUCUGUAAAAGGAUUAAUGGCCAAUCCAAUCUGUUCUCCUAAAUACUGGAAACCCUCCACAUUUGGAGGGGAUGUAGGCUUUAAUUUGGUUAAAACUGCAUCUCUUAAAAAGUUAUUUUGUGAGAAUAUCAAAGGAGAGUGCCCCAUGGUCACAUUUAGAGUUCCAGAUUAUAAAGAGGGUGAUGUAUUAGACAUUAUCAAACAAAAAAUGGAAUUAUAACAAUAGAGUUUGUUUAAAUAUUAAUUCAAUUCUAUCAUUGUCAUGAAUGCAUUUCUGAACAGUUGCAUGAAGUGAACAUGAUGUGUGUGUUUCAAUGAGAUUUAUUAAGGUAUGCAGGUACAUACAUUUUUGCUUAUAGAGAUCUCAUAUAUUCGUUUUCAAUAUUUCAGAAGCUUAUGCACUCUAUUUUGAUAAUUUUUAAAUUUGAUCAGUAGAACUCAUUCAAUUUUGUCAAUUAAUCUUUGUUUCUAGAGAUGAAAUCAUGAAAAUAUGUAGGGGGCUAACUAGACUGCAUAGUGCAUAUCUGUUAAAAUUCACACAUUCAUGGAAAUGUGUACAAUUUAAUACAGUCAAACCUUGUUAUCUCAAACUUGAUGGGACUAAAAAAAACUUCAAGAUAUCUGAGGGUUCAAGAUACUGAGGGUAAAAUACAAUAAGAAAAUAGUGGUUGGGACUUCCAAAUCAUAUCGACAUAUCAAUGGUAUUCAAGAUAUCUGUGUUCGAGAUACCAAGGUUCAGCUGUAUAUAAUAUUAUACUUUUUAAAAAUGCAUAUGCAACAUAAGAACUACUAGCAUUUAACAUAAGUUUUUUAUUACUGAUUAUUCAUGUGUAAUCAAACAUUAAUCAGGGUAAUUUUUAAUUGAGCUCAUAUCUACACACUUUAUUUACAGUAUUAAAGAUCUAACGAGAUCCGAAAUCUAUUAAAAAAAUAUUCAACAACGUCAAUAUGUAAAACAUGUGCAAUCAUCAAGAGUUUGGUCUAUUAUGUUUUUCUAAAUUUGACAGACUGAAAUUGUUUUUCUCUUAUCAAUUUGAAGGCAGCCCUUGAAAGUCAGUGCAAAACUGUGUAUGCUAUGUGCCAUUUUGCAUGUUGAUAAUACUGUAUUAGUGAUGCACUAUGAUAUGCUUAAUAUUUAAUAUUGAGUAUAAUGACUGUUAAAUUGUCAUAUCAAAGAGAUUUACAUAAGUAAUUACUCUAAAAAUGUCCAUUCAAGGUCAUUUCGAUUUAUAAGUUUAAGUUUAAGCUUCAAUUAGUUUGUUAACUGUCAUUUAUUAAAUAGAUUUAUUGGGUACAUUAAAGUAUAGUAAAACAAGCUUAUAGCAAACAUUCUUAUAAUAAAUUUAUGUUUACAUUGAAGUGAUUUUCGUUCCCCUUGACUUUAGGAUAUAUUUUUAAACUUAACGGAUAUAAUGAAUUAUGCUUAUAAUGAAGCAAAAUCAUCCGUCCAUGGCAAUUGAUUAUAAAUGUGUUUUACUGUAAUUACCCUAAAGAUGUCCAUUCAAAAUCAUUGUGAUUUAUAAUGUAUUAGAUUAAGUUUCAAUUAGUUUGUUAAAUUGUUACCAUAAAAUAUAUUUACUGGUACAUAAGUAAUUACCUGAAAGAUGCCUAUAGUAUUUAAAGUCAUUUUGAUUUAUAUGUAAGUUUAUGUUUCAAAUAGUUUGAAUAGUAGCUAAUAGAAGAAAAAAUGUCCCAUAUCUUGUAUCUAGUUAAAAAAUUCUCUAUGGAAAUUUGUUAUAGAACGUCAUACUACUCUUCUCUGACAAUCAGAAUGUUUCAUCAUUAAUAUUCAUUUCCAGCAGAUAUUUUGAGUUUUCUGUGUUUCUUUUAUAUACAUGCAUGUACACAUAUAAAUGUAUAAUAUGUCAUAUAUUAAAUUUACAAAUCUUGAUUGCUUUCUACCAAAUAUAAUACCAUUUUCCCAGCUGCAAGAUCUAUAUGACCUACUCCUGCUAUAAAUUCCAUCAAAAAUAAAAUUGGUUGUGAAAGAAACCACAUUCUUUUACCAAUGGCUGUACUACAUAGCUUCUUUAUCAAGCAUUGUCUGUUGAGUUUAUGUUUAAUAGCUAUAGAUUUUUUUACAAUUUUCCGAAGAGGAAACUUUAAUAUACAGUUGUACAUAUAAUUACAUGUAAUUAUUUCUGUUCUGUAUAAACUGACUAUCUUAUCUAUACAUUAUUAAAAGAUUGAAUUAUGA